GAAUGCAAAUUACACAUUGUGAGCUUUGUACAAAGAGGGUGUUAAGAGAAGGGGCUUCAACAAACAUAGCCUAACUAAACAAUGGCAGGGGUUCCGAUGGUGACUUUGAGCAAUGGCCAGUUGAUGCCAGUGAUCGGGAUGGGGACGAUGUCCAUGGUCGGCCCAGAGGCGACAAAACCUGCCGUGGUGGAGGCGGUCAAAGCCGGAUACCGACAUUUUGAUACCGCGUAUUCGUACAAGUCAGAGAAGGCCCUUGGAGAGGGGAUUCGGGAGGCUUUGGAACUUGGACUUAUAGAGUCAAGAGAUGAAGUGUUCAUAACCACUAAGUUAGCCUGUGGUUUUGCUGAUCCCUCCCUUGUUCUUGAUGGAAUUAAGGCCAGUCUAAGGAAUUUGGGAAUGGAAUAUGUUGAUAUGUAUUUGAUUCACAUUCCAUUGAAGUUGAAUCCUGAAGUAAGGAAAGUCCCAGUUGCAAAGGAGGAUAUUUCUGAAAUUGAUCUCGAAGGAGUUUGGGAUCAAAUGGAAUGCUGCCAAAACCUUGGUCUCACCAAAGCUAUUGGUGUCAGUAAUUUCUCUCCCAAAAGGCUUCAACAACUUCUUUCCUUUGCAAAAAUACCCCCACUUCUGAAUCAAGUGGAGAUGAGUCCACUUUGGCAUCAGAAUAAAUUGAGAGAGUUUUGUAAAGCAAAGGACAUUCAUGUAACUGCCUAUUCUCCUCUGGGGGCAGUUGGGACACAUUGGGGACACAACAAAGUUGUGGACUCUGAUGUUAUUACUCAAAUUGCAAAGGCCAAAGGGAAAACAACUGCUCAGAUUGCAUUGAGAUGGGUUUAUGAGCAAGGAGUGAGCAUAGUGGCAAAGAGCUUUGACAAAGAAAGAAUGAGAGAGAACAUCGACAUUUUUGAUUGGUCAUUGAGUGAAGAUGAAUCAGAUAAGAUUGGCCAACUUCCUCAACACAAAGCUGUUGUGUUUGCCAAUGUUUAUGGCCAACAUGAUGUGGUUCUUCAUCUUGAUGCUGAGCUUUGAAUCUCUUUAUUUCUUGCUACUUUGCCUCUUCAUUUACAUACUAUAUAUUAUGCAUUUUUCUUUACCUAAAAUUGUAGAAUGGAAAAAGUUAUAGAAUAGUACAUUAUCUUGUACUGUGUUAUAAACUAAAAUAUGAUCGAAUUACUGUUUCUAUCUUAAGUCAUGUGUUUUUUCCUUUUCA